AUGAAGGCGGCGCGGCUGCUGCUCCUCCUCAGCGGCUGCGCGCUGCUCCUGUUGGCGCCGGAGGUGCGCGGCUGCGGGCCGGGCCGGGUAGUGGGCAGCCGUCGCCGCCUGCCCAGGAAGCUCAUCCCUCUCGCCUACAAGCAGUUCAGCCCCAACGUGCCCGAGAAGACGCUGGGCGCAAGCGGCAGGUACGAAGGCAAGAUCGCCCGCAACUCGGAGCGCUUCAAGGAGCUGACGCCCAACUACAACCCGGACAUCAUCUUCAAAGAUGAGGAGAACACCGGCGCCGACCGCCUCAUGACCCAGCGUUGUAAGGACCGCCUAAACUCCCUAGCCAUUUCCGUGAUGAAUCAGUGGCCAGGGGUGAAGCUCCGGGUGACUGAAGGUUGGGACGAAGAUGGACACCACUCAGAGGAGUCCCUGCACUAUGAAGGCCGUGCUGUUGACAUUACCACCUCUGACCGGGACCGCAACAAGUAUGGGAUGCUCGCACGCCUGGCUGUGGAGGCUGGUUUUGACUGGGUUUAUUAUGAAUCCAAGGCUCACAUUCACUGUUCUGUUAAAUCAGAGCAUUCAGCCGCGGCAAAGACGGGAGGUUGUUUCCCAGCUCGAGCCCUGACAACUCUAGAGAGUGGGACCAAGAUUCCAUUGUGGGCACUGAAGCCAGGGCAGAAGGUCCAGGCCAUGGAUGCACAAGGUCACCUCGUCUACAGUGAGUUCCUGGCAUUUCUGGAUAAGGCAGUGUCACCACGGAGCGCUUUCCACGUCGUUGAAACCCAGGACCCACCCCGCCGCUUGGCUCUCACGGCAGCACACCUCCUUUUUGUGGGGGAGAACGCAACUGCACCCAUGAAGACUAUUUUUGCCAGCCUGGUCCAGCCAGGCCAAUACGUGCUGGUAACUGAGGGGGGACGGCUGCAGCCGGCCAGGAUAACGGCUGUCUCCUUGCAGGUGGAUGUCGGUGCCUAUGCCCCCCUCACCAGCCACGGGACUCUGGUGGUGGAUGAAGUGGUGGCUUCUUGUUUUGCUCUGGUGCGGGACCACCACUUGGCUCAGUGGGCUUUCGGGCCCUUGCGACUGUAUCACCACUGGGCAGGGCGUGACUGGACCCAGCCAGAAGGUGUGCACUGGUACUCUGUCCUGCUUUACCGCCUGGGCCAAAUGUUCCUAGCUUCAGAUAGCUUCCACCAGUUGGCCACAGUGCAGUUUGAGAGCUGACUGAAUGUUUUCCAUUGCCGCUGAGACAGCUGAGACAGGGAGAAACCCAGUGGCCUCCACUGGUUCUUGGGAGGGACUGCCAAAACCCUAAUGGGUGGGGGAAAGGAGGUGGGACCUCUGGCUUCCCAUCACCUACACCAAGAACAAGAGUGGAAGGAAGGUUUCGAUUUUUGUUUCCGCCUUCUUUGUGCUGUUGGCUACAGAAGGGAGUGCCCAGCAAUGGGGCCAUAUGCUGCUAUUUUUGGUUGAAGAGCCUCUUGAUGCAAAAAGGAGAGGGAUCCAGAUGAAGACCCUCAAACCCAGGAUGAAUGAAUGAAUGAGGUGGCUGGGAAAUUCUGCAACUCUGCAUUGCAGAGUGGGGGAGUGCCGUGUGACUGUAUGUGCAAGGAGGCUCCAGGGAGAGGCUGAGGGUGUGGUUGUGAGACUUCUCCCAAAGACACCUCCUUUUAGGAACUGUACGCCUCCUGGCACUGUUCUUUUGAGGCCAAAGCAGCUAUACAGGAGACACUCCUGGAUUCUCACCCUUGGGAGAAGAAGGACGGAAAUGCUUAUUUCCAGCUGAAAGUUCACCUGAAUCUGGGAGCAAUAAGCACAGAAAAGAAGAAGGGCACAUCAGUUAUGGUGAGGGAACAGGCAAUAGAGAGGGAAGGUGUGUAGGUUAUCAUAUAAUCAUCUUUGGAUCAGUAGACUAUUGGCCUGUAGUGAUGAAAGCCCUCUCUUUGUCUUGUGCAUUCACUAAUGCAAAUUAAAAGAAUCACUCCACCUAAAAAAUGUGCACUGAAAGAGGAAGACUACAGGGUGGCACGGGAGGGGGGGGAGACCUUAGCCUGCUUUAAGAAGCCAACUCUAGCUUGAUUCACCAAAAAGUUGUUAUUGUAGUGAUAUUAUUUAAUCACCUCACCUAUGGCUGGUCUUGAAAAAUCACCAGGAGGAACAAAAUUAGAAAACAGAACUGGGGAAUUCUCUGUUCAUGGAGGGACAGAUUAAGAGUCGGGGAGAGGAAAUGGGUUGUUUGUUUUCCCCCCAAAGUCUUUUAUUGCUUUUUGAAGGCACAGGAGGGCAGGUGUUUUUCAGGAGCUUGACCCCCUGUCUUCUUGGCAUCCCAAAGAGAGGGGUGCAAAGCAGAGGAUCUGAUAUUUGAGCUUGUGUAAGAAAAAGGACCAGACCCAAAGCCAUUUACAGAGAAGAAUUGCUUGCUCGCUCUGGCAAUCCUUUUUUUCUCUGCAUUAGUUUGAUAAAUAUGGAUCUUUCUUUGCCAAGGCAAUGUGGAAAGCUACCUGUAGGACAAUUGUAUGCAUUAUGUAUCGAUCAUGUUUCUGCAGAGUAUGCCUGAGAUCAACUCCACCCUGUUUGAUGCUUGCUGACAAAAUUAUUGUUCUAGAUGAAUAGCUGCAUUUAAAAAAAGAACUAGUAAAGUGCUAGGUUUACAUGGAGAAAAAUAAAACUGGUUUGCUCGUCAUCUAAUGCAACUUACUAGAAAAUAGCUUUCAGCUGUACAGGAAAAGCAUUAGUGGCUCAAUCUCUCUCUCUCUCUUUUUCUCUCUCUGGAUCAGGUUUUUGGUUAAGUGGUAAUGGAUUUUUUGAGAUGUGGUAAGUUUUCAAGCACACCCAGCAUUUCCCACAUUAAGUUAAAUCCACGUUGGAAAUUGUCACGUGUGAAAACCAGGUCCAGAUCUCCCAGUUUAAGCCUCUCCUUGAGGAUAUUAUGCUGCAGUGACAUCUUUACGCCAGCAAUUGGUCCUCCUCCACUUUCGAUUCUGACAGCUAACAUUUUGCUUCCAUGUAGCUAUCAGCACAGCCCAUUAAGUAGCCACCAAGAAUAAGUUUCUUUUUGCCCACAGAGGGAAUCCUCAUGCCUCUCCACCAUCCUUCUCAAAUCUGACCCUCCCUCCCUCUCCCGGGUUGUAGUAGAUGAAAAGGAAUCUUUGCUCUUCACAUUGGAUUUAUUUAUUUCCCUGCCCUGCUUAGAGUUCUCUGCUCGGCAAAACUUCCUGCUAAAAGAGACCAAAGGGGUGGGGGAUUGGUUGGGGCAGUUGUUUCUAAUAAAAGUAUUUAAGGAUUGUUUCAAAAAAGCACAGCUUUUUAUGUGAUCUUGGGCAGGGUGUGAGGGAAGUGUAAGCAUUUGUCUUUUCACUGGAUGUAAAUUUCCCAAAUGGAUGAGAAGUCCAAUAAAUUUCUUGA